UCUCAUGGGACCGCUACCGAACCAAGAACAAGUUCUGGUUGUUAAGUUUCUGAAAACAACAACGUCUACUCUCAUCAUCAAUCAUCUAAAAGAAAUAUUUUGUCAACUUGGGAUCCCGAAGUCCAUUCGAGCAGACAAUGGUAGACAGUUCUCUAGUAAGGAAUUUCAGAAGUUUUGCGAAGAAAACAAUAUCCAGCUAGAACACACACCACCGUAUUGGCCACAAGCUAAUGGAGAAGUUGAGAACAUGAAUAAAUCCUUGCUCAAAAGGUUACAAAUGAGUUAUAAUACUAGACGAGACUAUGAAAGCGAAAUCAGGAAAUUUAUCAUGAUGCAUAAUGUAACUCCCCAUGGAACAACUGGGAAAUCACCGUUGGAAUUGAUAUUCAACAGGAGGAUAAGGGACAAAAUCCCUUCGGUAAUUGACCUCGUUGGAGAAGAAAUCGACCAAGAAGCCCAGGAUAAUGACUUGAUCAACAAACAAAAAGGUAAAAGGAAAGAAGAUGGAAGACGGCAAGUGAAGAAUAGUGACAUUAAAAUAGGGGACAAGGUUGUUACAAAAAAUAUGGUGAUUCUCCAUAUGCUCACUUCCAGGUACAACCCUAUAGAAUACGUAGUUACACAACGGGUUGGAAAUGAAGUAACCCUUGUUGGAGAUGGGAAGACAAUGAAACGGCAUGUACACCACGUAAAAAAGAUUCCUUCGUAUGAAAAUGCUGAAACAGGAAGUAUACACACCACGUCAUGAACUUUCAAUAAUACUGAUUGUAUAUUUAUGAUUUUCAGCCACCGAACAAGAUGAAAUGCUG